UCAUAUGAAAACAUUUUCAUUUUCAAACCCUAAAAGAAUUAUUCAUUUAUUUUUCAGCGGCUAUAUGUCUCCAGAGUAUGCCAUGAAUGGCAUUGUCUCAAUCAAAAUUGAUGUCUUCAGCUUUGGAGUCUUAGUACUGGAAAUUGUAAGUGGCAAGAAGAGUAAUGGUUGCUAUCAUACUGAGCGCCUACUCAAUCUCAUAGGAUAUGUAACAUGGCUGCUGUGGAAUGAAGAAAAAGGCUUAGAGCUCAUAGAUCCAGGAAUUGAGGAUGCAUCAAGAACUCCAAAUGAAGUAUUGACAUGCAUUCAUGUAGGUCUCUUGUGUGUGCAAGACCAAGCAACAGAUAGACCCACAAUGUCUGAUGUUGUUUCCAUGCUUACGAAUGAAUCUUUACUCCUGCCUGCGCCAAAACAACCAGCAUUUUAUAUCAGUGAUACUACUAAAGUGCCAGAAAUAUCUGAAAUUAACUCAGAAAAUUGUUCCACUAAUAAUGUAACAAUUUCUGAGAUGGAGGCUAGAUAA